AUGUCCCAGUCUUUGACGGACCUGCGGCUGGCCGUGGAUGGCUUGGUCAAGCCCACCUCAGUCGAGGAACUUGGCACCAAAGUUGGCGAGAUCCAGCAAGCCUUGGUCAGCCAGGAGAAGCGAAGCGAUCAGCGGGAUGUUUCCUUAGAGGCUGCCUUCGAGGAAACCUUGAAGACCAUCAAGGAGAGCUUUAAUGGCUUCAGCCAGAGCUCCGUCGAGCGACACGAGGGCCUGAGCAGCGCGCUCGACGCUCUUCGUGCGCAGAUAGAGGCAGUCAGUGCCGAGUCUGUAGCCCAGCAGCAGAGCCAGCAACAGCUGGCAGAGGAGCUACUGGAGUCCUCAAAGACGGCCUCACAGGCACAGUCUUCGGGGUUUCGAGAUGCUUGUGAGCAAGUCACCUCCUCAACCCUGGAUGCACUGAGCUCUCUGCAGAGAAGAUUCGAGGACACGGACGGUGGGGUGCAGUCCCUGCAAAGCAGUGUCUCGUCGCAAAGUCGUCAGUUGGAGCAGCUACAGAAGCAGGUGCUUGCGCAACAAGAAGCUUCACAGGCUCAAAGCCGCGAGCUCCAAGAGCUUCGAAAAGGGCUGGCCAACGAGGCUGCCUGCGAGGGUCUGCGGAGGGAGCUGGAUGCUUCAAAGAUCCGCCAGGAGUCCCUGGAAGCUGAGAAAGUCGCCAGGGCGAAGGCCUCUCACAGCACAGACUCUGAGACGCAGUGA